AGAAUCAUGAUAACUGGACAGAUCAAGGCUGGAAAGUCCAGUUACAUCAAUACAGUAGAUUCUCCGUUUCUAGGUCAUGUGUCAAGACGGGCCUUGGCUGGUGAAGAUGAACACAGUUUUACCAAGGAGUUCAAUCCAAUCAGACCUCUCAGUGCUGACUAUUUCAACAAGAAACCCACAGUAAAUGACACGGCCCACUGUCUUGUCUACGUUGUGGCAGCAGAUCAGCUGAGCAUUAUGGAAGAUCAUAUUCUGAAGCUUCUGAAAGAAAUCAGAUCAAAAGUGUCUGACUUUGGUAUUCCCCAGGUUGUGCUGUUAACUAAGGUGGAUAAAGCCUGUCCAUUGGUAGGAAAUGAUCUCCAGAAGGUGUACAGGAGCAGAUACAUCAGAGAACUGAUAGAAAGGGCCAGUCAGAAAUUGGGCAUCCCUGUAAACUGCAUUCUUCCCGUGAAGAACUACAGUGGGGAAAUCAACCUGAAUGAUGCGAUUGAUGUCCUGGCCCUUACGUCACUGUUGCAGAUACUCAGAAGUGCUAAUGGCUACUUACAAAACUUGGAUCAAAAGCAAUAUAACUGAGAGUUGCAAAGUACUGUACUCAAUAACUAAACACAAUAACUAAAAACUAACA